UACAGUUCAAAUUUUAAACCGUCGAAGACUUUGAACGCGAAAGCUCUCACCGCUCCGAGCAUCUUCGAUAAACUCAUAUUUCUUGUUCUUUUAGUUGCCUAACAGCAGCUAGCAAUCAUAAAACGGCAUUUUGCUAUAAUUUGUGUUAUUUCGAACGACGGUGAUUCAUGUCUAGACUGCCAGUCAUGGCGAGCAAACGGGUGCUCGCCAGCUCUGAAAAAGUCGAGGAUACGGAGCCUGUUCAGAAGAAGUUCCGCAAGGAGCCGCAGACCAUCAGACCCCAAGCUGCUUCUACCGUCCUAGGCACCAGGCGGCCACCCGUCACGGCCACCAGGGCGCCUGUUUCCAGGCCGACGCGAGGUGUCGGAGCUGCGACGGUGGCCGGCGCCCCCUCCAGAGGAGUCUUCAAAGCGCCCGUGGCGUCGACCGCAGCAAAGGGAGGCAAAAUGACGGGAGGCGUGGCCCCUGCCGACCCCAAAGCAGGUGGGCCCCCCCGCAGGCUCCCGUGGGACAUGAAGGGCAAGGUCACUGACAUGAAAGGGAAACUCCAGGACUACCAGAGUAAGAUGAAAUCUGCCAACCUGGAGAAAGAGAACCUGAAGGGCUCCCUUGGGGAGUUGCAACUGAAGGCCGCUGACAUGGAGAGGGACCUCAGUGAGACCCAGGAAAGGCUUCGGGGGCUCCUUGGCGUCCAGGAUGACUUAGAAAGGGUCACCAGCGAAAAGAAGACUCUGCUGACUGAGCUCAGCAACCUGCAAGACAAACACCGAGUGAUGGAGACGUUGCGGGACAGUCAAGAGACGGAGAUCCAAACCCUCAAGAUGAAGCUGUCGGUGCAGGAUUCCACCCUGGCCCGUGUGCAGGCCAGCCUCCUGGCAGUCGAGGAGGAGGCGCGCUUGCUCAGAGAAACCACGGCCCGCCUGGAGGAUGAGCUCCACGCGGGGGAGAUGGAACGGCGGCGCCUUCAUAACACGGUUCAGGAGCUCAAGGGCAACAUUCGAGUGUUUUGCAGAGUGCGCCCCCUAGUGGAGGGUGGCCUCAGCAAUCACAUCCAGCUGCCAGCCAAGGACAACAAGGCAAUAACAUUGGCAAAAACUGAAGAGUCUCACACAGGCAAAAGCAACGACACGCAUAAGAACUACAACUUCAGUUUUGACCGCGUCUUUGGCCCCGAAGCGACCCAGCAAGAGGUAUUUGAAGAGAUAUCCCUGCUGGUGCAGUCGGCGUUGGACGGCUACAACGUGUGCUGCUUCGCCUACGGCCAGACAGGAAGCGGCAAGACGUAUACCAUGGAGGGGGCUGAGGACCACAGUGCCCGUGGCAUGAUUCCCAGAGCUGUGCAGCAAAUCUUUGCAUCCACCCACAAGCUUGCCGCCCAAGGCUGGGAGUUCUCCUUUACGGCCAGCUUUGUGGAGAUCUACAACGAGUGCCUGCGUGAUCUGCUGUACACGGGCAAGGCCAGCAAGAGGCCAGAACACGAAAUACGCAAGGACAACAGCAAUAAAAUGACCAUCACCAACCUGACCUACCAGAAGGUUUCCAAUGAGGACCAGAUCCUGUGCUUGAUCGCCUUGGCCAACCAGAACCGCUCCACGGCCCAGACCAACCAAAACGACCGCUCGUCCCGCUCGCAUUCUGUCUUCCAGCUGGACAUCGAGGGCACCAACGCGGGCAGGGACGUCAAAUGCAACUCCACUUUGUGUCUGGUGGACCUAGCAGGGAGCGAGCGGAUGCUGAAGAGCCAGUCUCAGGGAGAGCGUUUCAAAGAGAUGACGGCCAUCAACGGCUCGUUGUCCAACCUGGGCAUUGUCAUCACCGCGCUGGCCAACAAGGAGACCUUCAUUCCUUACAGGAACUCCAAGCUGACUUACCUGCUGCAGGGCUGCCUGGGUGGAAACAGCAAAGCUCUGAUGUUCGUCAACAUUGCACCCGAGCCGGACAGUUUUGGGGAAACGCUCAACUCUUUGAGGUUUGCCAGCAAGGUCAACGACUGCAUGAUUGGCACAGCCAGUGCGAACCGGAAGUAAAUCGGUGGUCGCUUUCGCCACUCGUGUACAUGGACAUACAUCUUUUAAUUUCAUUUAGAUCAAGGUGCAUGGCCCUUUUCAUCAUUUCACCCUUUUGUAACUGACUGAUCACCAUUGUACUAUUUACAACAUGAUUUAUGACUUUUUUGUUUGUUUUGUUUGAAGUUUCAACAUUGCAUUAUUCCUUUUUGAAAUUAAAUUGUGGGCGUCAUACAAAAUGUCCAGAAUAUUUGGCUCUAUUAAAAUACUGCACAGGUUAAGGUACAUGUUAAAUCCAGCUAAUAUGAAAGAACUGGACUCUGCUGUGAUUAGAUUGUGCCUGCAUAUAUUCAUGUUCAUCUUGAGUGAAAUUUAAGUAUCAAGAAAUAAAAAUGAAAAC